AUAGGCAACCGGCGAUCGCAACUUUUGUAAACAAAACACACACAAGCAAACACACAUCAAAAUUAAGUAUGCCGCACAUCUGAAAAAGAAAGCAAUGACGGAGAGAGUUCUAUCAAUUUCUGACCAGGCCAUGAACUGGCAUAUGGGAGAGGUGUUGCCGGGCCUGUAUGUGGGAAGCUACCACGACUCCAAGGAUCGCGCGCAACUGGAGCGGUUCCAAAUCUCCCACAUUGUUGCCGUACAUGACAGUCCCAAGCGUCUGCUGCUGGACAAACACUACCUAUGCGUCAUGGCCUCGGACAUGCCGGACCAGAACCUCGCCCAAUACUUCUCCGUCUGCAAUGAUUUUAUCCACGCCGCCCGGUUGCGGGAGGGCAACGUGCUCAUCCACUGCCUGGCGGGAAUGUCGCGCUCGGUGACCGUGGCCGUGGCCUACAUCAUGACGUCCACGCAUCUCAACUGGAAGGAGGCGUUGAAGGUGGUGCGCGCGGGCCGCGCCGUAGCCAAUCCGAACACCGGUUUCCAGAACCAGCUGCAGGAGUUUGAGCAGUUCAAGCUGUCAGAGGAGCGACGCCGGCUAAGGGAGCGCUUCCCAUCUUCGGCAUUGGAGCAGCUGGACCGCCUGAAGGUAGCAACGGCGCUUCUGCAGAACCGGGACAUCUGCGAGGGCAACAGUUCCCACGGCGAGAAGUGCCCCACAGAUGCCUGCAUCCCAGCAUUCGAUGCGAAAGCCGACAAAGGAGCGGUCCCGACCAAUGUGGCCUACACCUUGCAGUUUGCGGUGGACAAACGAAAGCCUGUGUCCUCUGGUCAACACCCUAAAAAACUGCACAAAGAAAUUUCCGAAGGUAUUAGUUGCGGCGAGGAAAUAAUGCCCAACGUGCGUUACUACAAAGCGAACGGCAGCAUAGGACGCUUCGACAAUGAGUUCCUGUUUGGCAGAAACGAAGCAUCUGCCGCCGGAGCUGGCGGCAGUAAUCCAGCCGAUCAAGUCGGCGACAGCCCAGGGCGAUAAAAAGACACCAUAGGCCUUACAGCUUUACGAGUACUUUCUCCAGUUUAUACAUCCAUUAAGUUAACCAAAUAAAUAACGACAAAAAAAUUCCA